AGGUGAACCCACAGCCAAGCAAGACUCAAAAGCAGUGGCUGAUUGGAUGCCACCCUAUCCUGGUUCCUAGAUUACAUUAUCAUUUAUCAACCAGAUAAGAGUAAGCUUCCAGUUUCCAUCCUCCUCGGCUCCUCGUCGCCUCGCCUGAAAGUCUGAAACAACGGCCUUCUCCACAUCGAUGGCUGCCCUAUAUUCUCCCAUUUGCUUCCACAACAACCCUAACCCCUCCCCUCUAUUCUUCCCAAACUCUCCUAAACUCACCAAGCCCAGACUUAAAUCCCCAAUCCUGGCAUCAGCCCUUCCGCCACUCCUAUCCACUGACGUAACUUCCGUAGGCGCCCCAUUUGACGGCACUACCCUCGCCGUCGUCGGCGGUGGUGGCAUCGCCGCCUUGGCUGCCGUGCUUUCCUUAGCCGACCCCGAGAAGCGGCGCCAGCUCCAGGCCGAGGAGGUCGGAGGCGGGGACAAGGAAGUCGUCAAGGAGUAUUUCAAUAACUCUGGGUUUCAGAGAUGGAAGAAGAUUUACGGAUAUACUGACGACGUGAACAAGGUCCAGCUUGAUAUUCGACUCGGGCACUCCAAGACCGUCGAGAACGUAAUGAAGAUGCUCACCGACGAUGGCCCUCUUAAAGGUGUCACUGUAUGUGACGCCGGUUGCGGCACCGGGUGCCUCGCGAUUCCGCUUGCCAAGGAAGGUGCAAUUGUAUCAGCCAGUGAUAUCUCGGCCGCCAUGGUUGCCGAGGCUGAGAAGCAGGCAAGAGAAGAGAUUUUGAGAGACUACACAGAUGGGUCGCCUGCGCCGGUUUUGCCGAAGUUUGAAGUGAGUGAUUUAGAGAGCAUAGAUGGGAAGUACGAUACGGUAGUCUGCCUAGACGUGCUGAUACAUUAUCCACAGAACAAGGCAGAUGAAAUGAUAGCACACUUGGCAUCACUGGCAGAGAAGAGGUUGAUACUGAGUUUUGCCCCCAAGACAUUCUAUUACGAUCUAUUGAAGAGGGUAGGGGAACUUUUCCCUGGCCCAUCAAAGGCAACUAGAGCUUACCUCCACGCAGAGGCGGAUGUAGAAAAGGCACUGCAGAAGGUGGGGUGGCGGAUAAGGAAGAGAGGUCUCAUCACAACGCAGUUUUACUUUGCAAGGCUGGUUGAGGCAGUUCCUGCUUAAGACAGGGAGGUUCCUUUCAGUUUUCCCCUGUUUUUUAACCUCCAGGUAGAAAUAGCAGCAGCUACCACAAUUCUUUUAAGCUUAUCUUUCGUCGUUGUAUAAUACAUAUUUUGAGAUUUGACAGGUGUAAGAUUACUUUAUUGAAUUUCUGAUUGUAUAGCUACCAAUCCAAACUAUGCUGUUUGAAUUUGGCUGUGGACAUCUUAUUGCACCUCAAGGCCAAAAGAUAAUCGUGGCCCAGGCUGCCCAUUCUCA